AGAUGACUGGUGAUGCUUCUCCGAGAACGACUGAUCGUUGACAUCGCUCCAGAGUUCUGCUCGCCCUCUGCAACACACUGAACGACUAUUAUUAGCCAACAGGCUCCAGGAUUGUUUGCACGCAGCACACAAUGGCCUCCGCACUGUGGAGGUGUCCAGUGUUUCACUGCCUAUUGCUCCUUCUCGUUUGCUUUCACUGUUCUCAAGGGUUCAGCCGUGCAGCCUUGCCCUUUGGGUUGGUCAGGAGAGAGCUCUCAUGUGAAGGAUAUGCAAUUGAUCUCCGCUGCCCGGGGAGUGAUGUCAUCAUGAUCGAGACGGCCAACUACGGCCGCACUGAUGACAAGAUCUGUGACGCUGACCCAUUUCAGAUGGAGAACGUCAACUGCUACCUCCCUGAUGCCUACAAGAUUAUAUCACAAAGGUGCAACAACCGUACGCAGUGUGUGGUUGUCACUGGCUCUGAUGUCUUUCCUGAUCCAUGCCCUGGCACCUACAAGUACUUAGAGGUCCAGUAUGAGUGUGUUCCCUAUAUUUUCAUUUGUCCUGGGACUCUGAAGGGUGUAGGAGAGGCCACCUACUUGUUCGAGGCAGAGCAGCAGGCGGGGUCGUGGUGCAAAGACCCUCUGCAGGCUGGAGACAAAGUCUUCUUCAUGCCCUGGACACCAUACCGCACUGACACCCUAAUCGAGUACGCCUCUCUGGAGGACUUCAAAAAUGGUCGCCAGACGACCACGUAUAAACUGCCGCACCGUGUGGAUGGGACAGGCUUCGUAGCUUACGACGGCGCUAUCUUCUUCAAUAAGGAACGCACCCGCAACAUCGUCAAGUUCGACCUGCGCACACGCAUCAAAAGUGGCGAAGCAAUUGUUAACAACGCCAACUAUCACGACACCUCACCCUACCGCUGGGGUGGCAAGACAGACAUUGACCUGGCAGUAGAUGAGAGGGGUUUAUGGGUAAUCUAUGCCACUGAACAGAACAAUGGACGCAUUGUGGUGAGCCAGCUCAACCCGUACACGCUUCGCUUUGAGGCCACGUGGGAUACGGCAUACGACAAGCGCUCUGCCUCGAACGCCUUCAUGGUGUGCGGCGUGCUGCACGUGGUGCGCUCAACCUACGAAGAGAACGAGAGCGAGGCGAGCAGGAGCCAAAUCGAUUACACAUACAACACCAAGCUGAGCCACGGCGAAUACACCGACAUCCUCUUCCCCAACCAGUACCAGUACAUCACCGCUGUGGAUUACAACCCCAGGGACAACCAGCUGUACGUGUGGAAUAACUUUUACAUCCUGCGCUACGACCUGGACUUCAAGCCGCCGGAUCCCGCCGAAGGGCCAACCAUUGAAGAUUUCUCCGUCGCAUCAUCCAUGCCAAAGACCACCACAGUUUUCACCACCACCGCUGCGUCCACACUUAAGGGCCAUGGUGACACUACAGUGGCAGGUGCAGAUCCAAGAGAUGGAAGAGAUCCGUUUGAGGACGGUCGUGGAUCGAGUACAGCUGAGCCCACUGUCCCCGAGCUGCCGCCAACACCCAGACGCUUCUGCGAGGCGACCAGGAGGAGGGCCAUCGACUGGCCCCAGACCCACACUGGGACCACUGUGGAGAGGCCCUGCCCCAAAGGGACCAGAGGCAUCGCCUCCUUCCUCUGCACUGUGGCAGGGACCUGGUGCUCCAAAGGGCCGGACCUCAGCAACUGCACUUCCCACUGGGUAACUCAAGUGGCACAAAAGAUUCGAAGUGGUGAAAAUGCUGCUAAUUUGGCCAAUGAGCUGGCACGCCACACACAGGGCCCAGUGUUUGCCGGAGAUGUCAGCUCCUCGGUGCGCCUGAUGGAGCAGCUCGUGGACAUCCUGGAUGCUCAGCUGCAGGAGCUUAGGCCCAGUGAGAAGGACUCAGCUGGACGCAGCUUCAACAAGCUUCAAAAACGAGAGAAGACGUGCAGGGCUUACAUGAAGGCCAUUGUGGACACCGUUGACAACCUCCUGAGGCCGGAAGCCCUGAAAUCCUGGAAAGACAUGAAUUCAACGGAACAGACGCACGCCGCUACAAUGCUACUGGAUACCCUGGAGGAAGGGGCCUUUGUCCUUGCGGAAAACCUGAUCGAGCCAGCGAUCGUAAAAGUACCUGCAGAGAAUAUCAUGUUGGAAGUGUACGUGUUAAGUACCGACGGUCAAGUGCAAGAUUUCAGGUUUCCACAGACGAGCAAAGGUGGAGCGUCUCUUCAGAUUUCCUCCAACACGGUCAAAGUCAACAGCAAAAAUGGUGUGGCCAAGCUGGUGUUUGUGCUCUACAAACACCUGGGUCAAUUCCUCAGCACAGAGAACGCCACGCUGAGGGGAAUGGGGGAUCUGAGCAAACGCAACCUUUCCCUCACCGUCAACUCCCACAUCCUUUCAGCCUCCAUCACCAAGGAGUCCAGCCGCGUGUUUGUGGCCGACCCCGUGAUCUUCACGCUGGAGCACCUGGAUAAGGAGCACUACUACAAUCCCAACUGUUCCUUCUGGAAUUACUCAGAGCGGAGCAUGAUGGGAUAUUGGUCCACGCAAGGCUGUAAACUGCUGGAAACCAACAAGAGCCACACCACUUGCUCCUGCAGUCACUUGACCAACUUCGCCAUCCUCAUGGCCCAUCGAGGGAACGUGGGGGAGGGGAGCGUCCACGAACUGCUUCUCACCGUCAUCACUCGGAUGGGCAUCGCCGUGUCUCUCGUCUGUCUCGCCAUCAGCCUCUUCACCUUCUGCUUCUUCCGUGGUCUUCAAAGUGACCGCAACACCAUCCACAAAAACCUCUGCCUGAACCUCUUCAUCGGCGAGCUUAUCUUCCUCGUGGGCAUCAACAUGACGGAACCAAAGCUGGUUUGCUCCAUCAUCGCUGGCAUUCUCCACUUCUGCUUCCUGGCUGCGUUCGCCUGGAUGUGUCUGGAGGGCGUGCAGCUGUACCUCAUGCUGGUGGAGGUGUUCGAGAGCGAGUUCUCUCGCAGGAAGUACUACUACGUCUCCGGGUACCUCAUCCCGGCUGUGGUGGUGGGCAUCUCAGCAGCCAUUGACUACAGAAGCUACGGCACACAGCGGGCAUGCUGGUUGAGGGUUGAUAACCAUUUCAUCUGGAGCUUCAUUGGGCCCGUGACCUUCAUAAUUGUGGUCAAUGUCAUCUUCCUGGUGGUGACCAUGUACAAGAUGGUGAAGCACUCCACCUCCAUGAAACCCGACUCGUCCAGGCUGGGAGGUAUCAGGUCGUGGGUGUUGGGAGCGUUUGCCCUACUUUGUCUGCUGGGGCUCACUUGGUCCUUCGGCUUGUUCUUCCUCAACGAAUCCUCCAUCGUGAUGGCGUACCUCUUCACCAUCUUCAACACUCUGCAAGGGAUGUUCAUCUUCAUCUUCCACUGCCUCCUCCAGAAAAAGGCAAGAUUUUGUUUUCUGUGA